AUGAACAAAUAUCUUCCUGGUAUUUGCUUCGCGUGUCAGAAAUGUCUGUUUUGCUUUAAUUUUUCACCUUGUAACUGUAAUAAAAACAUAAAACCAACAAGAGUAAGCAAACCAGAACGUGGACAGCAAAUUUAUUUUCGUGUAUAUACUCCAAACGAAAAUUUACCAACAGCAAAUUACUUUCUUUCUUCUGCCGAGACGAAAUUUCAAUAUAAUAAUAAUUUUAAUGAGCCUUUUUCUUUUACUUUUUGUUCUACAUGUAAUAGCAAAUAUCAAAGGUUGAAAACUAAAGACAAAAUUUCUAAAAAAAAAAUGAAAAGUAAAGCUGCAGUUGACGUUGAGUCUCUUGAAUUAUUUGAAGAAUGUGGUAUUGAUGAAAUCAAACUACAUGUAAGCAUUGAAAAAAAGGGUAAGAAAACCUCUACUUCUAAGGCUCUAAUUAUUAAACCAGUUGAAUAUAUCAAUGUUAUGGAAAAGAUCAAUGCUUUUGUACAAAAAGCACUUCAAAAUGAGAAUAUCAAACCAGCAGAUUACAGUAUAUCAUAUAAAGCAAUGAAUUCACGUGGUCUUUCAAGUGAAUUAGAAGAUGAACUUGAUUUUAAAGAGUUUAUUGAAGAUUAUAAGAAAGUUACUACAGCUAAUAAAAAAAUGGGAAUGAUGGUAGUGAUUGAUAAUUCUACAGAUAAUGAAACAAAAUCAAGUGAAAAGCGUUCAAAGAAUUCUGAUGAUGUUGAAAGUGAUGGCUCAGUUUCUGAGGAAGAAAAGAUGAAUAAAGGUACUACCGAAGACGUUCCACCAACUUAUCCCACAUUUAGUGCAACAUUAGGCGUGUUAGUUAGCAAUAAUAAUACUCAAAUAUCCACUACUGCACCUGCUACUGCAUCCACUACUACAUCUGCUACUGCAGUACCUGCUGCUGCAUCAGCUGUCCCACCUGCUAAUACACCUACACCUAUUAUUAUUCAAAUGCCACCAUUUCAAUAUCCUUAUCCUUCUUUUAAUCAAUUAGAUACAUCUACAAAUCACAAAUUACCUUCAAUUCAUGAAUUUCUUUUUAGUUUAGAUCAAAAAUACAAUUGUAAUGGUGAAUAUUCUCAAUUUGAAAAUGCUUUUCUUGAAGAAGCAAUAACUGUAAAUGUUAUAAAAGACUUAUCUGAUGAACAAAUGAAAACAUUAGGUAUUGUAAAAAUUGGGUGGCAAAAAAAUAUUAGACAAGAAGCACAAAAAUAUUGA